UUGACAUUUUCCAUGGAUUCCAUGUGCUCUUGAAUUGAGAAUAAUUACAAACAAAUAUUGAAUAACAAAAAAAUUAUUAAAAUGAAGAGAAGUUGAUAGAAAAGAUUAUAAACACGUGAAUAAAUUAUUAAGGUUAACAAUGAUUAGUUUAAACGAACUAAAUGACAUCACUGACAAUAAAAACUGGAAUGAAUUAAAAAACAUAAUAAAGCCAAAAGAAUUCCCGUUGGAUGAAAAAAGAAAUAAAGUGGACAGACAAAUAAUAGCUAAGCUCGCAGAUAUAUUAAUAAACAAUAUAAAAAACCUGCCAGAUAAUGUAAUUAUUCUCAUCCUCAAAUGUAUGACCAACUCAAGUACUGAUCUAGGUUAUAAACAUCAACAAUUAUCACAAUAUAACCGCGAUCAAGAGGACUCUUUUUGUAAUUUUUUUAUCAAAUAUUCUACUAAUAAUGAUCAGUAUCCUUCAACUACUUUUCCUUAUGAUGAAGUUAUUCAAGAAGUCGUUCAAUUUUUAAUAAAAAUCCCUGCUGAAUAUCAACAAUCAAAAAUUACUGAUACCAAGUUGGAGCUUAUCAGAAUCUCAUUGAGGUUUUUGUGUAAUAUUAUGGCUUUUAGUGAUAAAAAAUUAGCCAUAAACAAUCUAGAUCAAUUAAUCGAAACCAUAAGUUACUUAAUGGACUUGGACUGUAUUAAAGAAAAUAUUCCAUUGAUGAAUGCCACCUGUUCUUUCAUCAACAAUAUUCUAAAUACUUUUGACAAUGUCCAGAUUCUAGAGAGCCAGUUAAAAGUUAUAUCCCUAGGUAUUUUGAAAGCUGAUAAGCUUGGGGUAGGAGCUUCAAGAGAUGCUUUGAUAUGUUUAAUUAUCAAACCUAGUGUUUUGAGAACAAUCUAUGAAUCCAUGUCAAUGGAUUAUAAAUUAUAUCUUCUAGAAAUAAUUCAUCAAAGUCUUAUGGCAUCUGUUUAUGAUGAAACAGAUGAUGAUGAAGAUAAUAAAUUCAAAUUACCUGAAUGUUCUGUCGAAUUUUUAUCAGAGAAGUUUAAGAAACGAAGUGAUUUAAUUUUAAAGACUGAAGAAUUUUAUUUAGAUGGUAUGGAACCUUCUGAAGUCAUCAUUCUGCUUGAUAUUCUAGGCAUUUUGACUUCCACAAGCAGUUCAGCUUAUCAAAGUUUAAGAAAAGACAAAAGCCUACUGAUAAAUGUGAUCUUUUUACUAAAAGCAGUCCAUAUGACAGGCAAAGAAAACCAAAACUGCUUUACACCGAUUCAGAAAUUAAGUGAAUUAGCUCCAAGCUCUUAUCAAAACGAUGAAGAUAGUUUAGAUAAGGAUUAUCUACGGCAUCCAACAUUUGGCUUCAAAACUGCUUUAAUUCGAUUAAUUGGCAAUCUUGUCUAUAAUAAUAAAGUGAACCAGGACUUGAUCCGCGAAACUGAUGGAAUAUCAUUACUUCUCGACUGUUGUAAUAUUGACGCACGAAAUCCUUUAAUAACGCAGUGGAGUAUUUUAGCAAUCAGAAAUUUGACGGAAAAUAAUCCAGAGAAUCAAGAAUUUAUAAAAAGGAGUCAGAAGUUGAAAUUUAUUGAUAGCACAGUUAUUCGCGAAAUGGGAUUGACAUUAAAUCAAACAGAAAGUGGAGAAAUUCUUGGUAUCGUUCCAUUACCAAAGGAUCAAUAAAUAAUAAACAGUAAAAAUGAAAUAAGCAAGACUUGAUGAAUUUAAUUAAUAAAUAAAUUAAUAAUUAUUAUUAUAAAGUCAUCAGAAUAAUUUCUUUUAGAGACAGUAAUUUGAUGAAUCAAUCGAGAACUCAGCGUUUAAUUAGAUAACUAAUAGGUUGAAGACCAUUUGGAGAAUAAUUAUCUAUUCGUGUUGGUCAAGUAAAUGAUGCUUGGAUAUUUUACGAAGUAUAAUAAUAUGUUUGACAUGGAUAACUUAUAGACUAAUGGAGCGAAUCGAUCGAAGGUGGAAUUAUUGAAUAGAAGUUUUAUGAUAUCUAGAUUCACUCAACCAUGAUAAAUAAAAGUUUGACGAAUUAUAUUCAUGAUAA